GCGCUGAGGGGGGAAGAGGUUAGGUGACGCGGAGGGCUGUUAAAUGUUUGUCAAGAGGAUGUUUUAAGGAAAGAUUAGACGGGGGGAAAAAACAAACUUUCCCUGGAAGUUUUCCUUGCAGAAAAAAGAAUAUAAAUAUAUAUUCCAUUAACUGAAGGAAGAUGAAAACUGACAGGGACGGAGGGGAGAUGAUGGGAGUGACCGUUAACAGAUUCGUGGAAGGUAAGAGCUUGAACCAUGAACGAGAGGCUCCGUCCUCGGUCAUGGCCAAGAAUGGAUACUUCUAUCAGGAAAUGGAGCAGAGGGAGGGAGACAGGCAGGAGGAAGGGAGCGAGGACCGGGAGGAGGGUCAGGACUCUCCUAUCCCAUCAGGAGAUGACAUUCAUCUCUACGGCAACCAGACACACCAAGGAGGGACAGAUUCUGAUGUCCAUGGCUGCGUCUUGCUCAAUACAUCACGUAGAUAUGUAAAGCUGAUGAAUUUUGAGGAGGAGGUGAGGGCUCACAGGGAUCUGGAUGGCUUCUUGGAAAGGGCGAGUAUUCUGCUGCACGAGGACGAGGCGUCGCUGGACGACGUGCUGAAGACGAUGCUCCGGCACAUCUCGCAGGACCCGCACACGGCCGAGCCUGGCUGCAACUUUGAGGAGAUCAUGAGCUCGCUGUUCACUGAUGCUGGCUCACAGGAGGUCAAUGACAGGUCUCCCAAUUUCCUUUUCUAUGAUAAGGUGCACUUGCUGUCGGAGACACUGCAGUGUGUGACAGCUACCGCUACGGGCAUCCAGUACCAGCAGUCUUGGCUCUGCAUCCUUUGCAAUGUGAAGACCUUACAAAGGCGGCAUGUGUGCAUCUCUCGGUUGGACCGGCCUCAGAACUGGGGGGAGAACUGUGCUGAGGUCCGCUACGUCAUCCUUAUACUUGCACCGCUUAAGAUGAAAAGCACUAAGACAGCAAUGGAGUUAGGCCGGACGUUUGCAAGCAUGUUCUCAGACAUCUCAUUCAGGCAGAAGCUACUGGAGAGUAAGACUCCAGAGGAGUUUAAAGAGGCACUGGUCAUUCAGAGGUACCAUCUGACUGCUGCCAAGCGCAAAACUACCGCUGUUGAGGAGGAAGAGACCGACCCACACAGCCACAAACCACUCAAGUCUGCAGUCUCUGCUCACCUUGUGUCUCUCUCUCUGCUGUGCAGGGGGCUCUGUUGUAGAGAUUUUUUCAGAGUGGGCAGAGGCAUCUACGAGGAUCUGUGUCGCCGUCUGCCCUUCUAUAUCUCGGACUUUACCGACGGCAUAGUGGGCAACAAUAAAGCACUAGUGAAGUAUAUGACAACGUCCAUUUUCCUCUACAUUGCCGUUCUGCUACCUGCCAUUGCAUUUGGAUCACUCAAUGAUGAAAGCACAAGAGGAGAAAUAGAUGUUCAGAGGACGAUCAUUGGGCAGAGUAUAGGUGGAAUCAUCUAUUCGCUGUUUGCUGGUUCUCCCCUCGUCAUUCCCCUAACUACUGCACCUAUUGCCAUCUUCAUCAGUGUAAUCAGAGAUAUCUGUGAUGAUUAUGACCUGGACUUUAGUGCGUUUUAUGCCUGCAUUGGUCUGUGGAACAGCCUGUUCCUCAUCAUUGGAGGUGUCUUCAACCUUAGUCUGCUCGUUAAGCUCUUCAAGAGGUCGAUAGAGGAGGUGAUAGCUAUGUUCAUUUCAGUUGCUUUUGUAGCAGAUGCUCUCAAAGGCACUGUCAAGAUCUUCCAUAAGUAUUACCAUCCUCCUACAUUGGCCAACGGUAGCAUAGAGGAGCUGCAUCGAAUAAGUGCAGGCUUGAAUGCAGGAGAGACGAACCUCACCGGGGCAGGGUUAUUGUCUCUCCCAGAAUCCUUUAUUUUGUGCACACGAGCACGGCCACUACUUUGCCUCCUUCUUAUGCUUGGGACCUUGUGGGUUGGGUACACACUAUACCAGUUUAAGAGAAGUCCUUUCCUGCAUGCAAAAAUGAGGGAGAUUCUGUCAGACUGCGCUCUGCCCAUCUCUGUGCUCAUUUUCUCCUACAUUGGCUCCUACAUCUUCAGUGACAUUGGCUUGCCCGUGUUUAACUAUCAAGAGGGUUCACUGUUCCGACUGGCCGCCUUGGAAAAACUAUCAGGAGUCAGUGUGGUAUGUGCCAUGGGGCUGGGGUUCCUCCUUGCUCUGCUCAUCUUUAUUGACCAGAACAUCGUGGUGUCCCUGACCAAUGCUCCAGAGAACAGGUUACUGAAAGGUACAGCCUAUCACUGGGACCUGACAUUGUCUGGCCUGAUUAAUAUUUUGAUGUCGUUGCUGGGUCUGCCUUGGAUGCACGCUGCUUUUCCUCACUCCACGUUGCAUGUGCGGCAGUUGGCCAUUGUGGAGGAACGUGUGGAGGGAGGACACCUUUAUGAGACUAUUGUAAGUGUGAAGGAAACCAGGGUAACAUCACUUUUGGCGAAUAUCCUGAUUGGUGUGAGUGUGUUCCUGCUGCCUGUCCCACUGCAGUGGAUUCCCAAACCUGUACUCUACGGCCUCUUCCUCUACAUCGCUCUCACAUCCAUCGAUGGCAAUCAGAUGUGUGACCGCAUGGCACUGCUACUCAAAGAACAGACAUCCUACCCCCCAACUCACUACAUCCGGAAGGUACCACAGAGGAAAAUCCAUUAUUUCACUUUCCUUCAGAUGGUGCAGCUGCUGUUCCUCUGUGCUUUUGGAAUGUACCCGCUCCCGUACAUGAAAAUGAUCUUCCCUCUGCUAAUGUUUAUCCUUAUACCUAUCAGGAAUUGUCUGCUGCCCAGGAUCAUUGAGGCCAAAUACCUGGACAUCAUGGACGCACAGCACAUGUAAACAUGUGCACCUUCACAAAAAAAAAAAAAAAAAAGGACUCUGGGAAUUGUAUUUUUGAAAUGCAAAACUCUGGGAGGAAAAACAGACUGAUUCUAGAGUUGUACAGCAGACAUUAUGGUGAAGCACUGUAACAGAAAAAGAGCAAGAGAGAGGAGGAGAAUAUAAAGCUUAAAAGGCUGACUAUAUUCCUGUCUGUUUGAUCUUAGUCAGUCACUGCUUCUCUCACUGUUUUCUCAUGCCAAAGCUUCUCUCUUUGGUUAAUUCUUACGUACCUCUGUCUCAUUAUGUGGAUCACUCACUUGAGUUCUAAAACCAUGAAUCACACAUCCUCGAAUACAGUGGCAGUUGAAUAUUAUACUGACAGGAAGAGCCUGGUGAUUGAUAAGCUCUUCUUGUAGAGUUUCUGUUAUCAUCCAAAAGGUCACUGAACAAGUGGAGUGAAGUGAAGUGGAUCUAUCUGUAGCAAUACCUCUUUGAUGUUGACAAUUCACACAUACAAAACAAACCGGAUGACCCUUCAUUACUUCACUUUCCUUCAGGUGAAGGGUCUCUCUCUGUCAGCUCAUACAUGACGUGAAAUCAUACUGUCGAUCAUGCACAAUCCGCCAGUGUCGUGGUGCAUAUCAUUGAUAAUGUGUGGUGCAUAUAUUAAGAACAAAGUCAAAACAAACCAAAAGAAUACACACACCCUGCUUGAUACUGUGUCUCAUAGCAAUACAGUGAUAUAGAAUAUGAAUAUUUUAGAUAUUUCUAUGAGAAAGAUUAUUAUUGGGGUUGAUAUAUUUCCAGGAUACAUGGUGUCAUGUGUUCAGAAUGUAACAUUAGUGCUGAUGUUUCAGGGAUAGGGCAACGGGUCCAGAGGAUGAGAGCUUCCCCACGUACACACUGCAGAACAAACUAUAAGACUAUAAGCUUUUGCAUAUUAUAAAACGUCACCACUGUUUGUCCUCAGAAUGCACAGAAACGCACACUCACACUCACACACACACACACACACACAAAGAUAAAUGAGAAUAGGCAUGUACUUAUAAACUCAAACUAGCAUGCUUGCUCACACACACACCUCCUGGCCCUACAUUACAAUAUAUAUAUAUAUAUAUAUAUAUAUA